UAACAUUUUAUUUUCGCAAAGAGUUUGGUAGCAGGAAUUUCAGAACUUUUGAAAUCCUCUGAAUUUUGUAAAACAAUAUAUAUUUUGUGUCUAAUCAAAGAAAUAUCAAAAAUAGAAUCUUAUGGAAUUACAAUAAAACCAAUUAUCUAAGUCUAGAAUAAACUAGCAUAACAGUUUGAUUCCAUUCUACUUUUUUCAAACACAAAAUCAAUAAUCCUUGCAAAAGGAGACGCAAAUGCUGAAAGAGGAAUGAAAAAUUAGCUUAGAAAAACAACAAAGCAGACCUAACCUGGUGCAGAGAAAACCAAGAUGUCUGACGAAGAAGAAUCUAUGUCAGAAGGAUUCUCCGCCAGCGAGGAUGAAUGGAAGCCAAGUAAAGAAACCCGUGGUGGCGAGUCGUCAGAUGACGAUGAUAGUGAUUUUGAAGAGUCCUCGCCAAUAGCUGCUAUUAGCGCAUCAAGUGGAGGUGGAGGAAGAAAAAGGGGUGAACGGGAGCCCAAAGCACGCAGUGCAGCAAAACAAGGAACGUCAAAGAAACGGCCUGGUCUUUCCUUACGUGCCAAACUUUACAACAAAUAUAGGCCACUGCCAAAGACAUGCUCUCCGCCAAGCAGUGAAGGAAAAAACUCACCUUCGGCGUCGACUUCACGCACGAACUCAAAAAACGCCAAAACGCCCAAUGAAAGUAGUCGAAAACAACGCAACGAUAACGAAGAUGAUGGCUCCAGUAGCGAUGGCAGCAUCGACAAUUAUUUGGUCGAUCCAAAUCAAAUUGACAUAGAAUCCAGUUUCUUUAAUGUCAACCAGGCAAACGAGUCCAAAACGUCUGUGUCACCUGUACCAAAUUUUGAUUGUAAUGCUGGUUUGGGUAAUUUAUCAGAUUCAGAAUCAGAUGGUGACGAAAACAACGAUUCAGGCAAUUUUCACAAAACGGAAGACACAAAAGCUUUUGAUUUCAGUGAUUUACUCCAAAAUGCCAAUAGCCUGGAAAGAGUUAAAGAGUCAUUGGCAAAGCAUGCCGCAGAGGAGGCGGCAGCUAAAAAGGCUGGCACACCAUCCAAAAAAUCGUUGGGCUCACAAAUCGAUAGCAUGGAUGUUUAUUCACUACUUGCAUUGGGCGAAAAACAACAUCGAUCUCACAAUGAUGGUGAGGACGAAGAGGACGAUGAUGACGAAGAGGAGGAAGAUGUCAAGACAAAAGGCGGCAGAGAUCGUCAUAGCAAAGAACCUCUGAAGCUGAGCAAAACGAAAUCAACUCGUGUCAAACGUCAUACCAAGACCCGGCCAGCAUCAACUGUUGUGGCGGCUGGGGAUACUGACGAUUCAGAUUUUGAGGAAGUUGCAGAGUCUUCCGAAUACGCUGAUACCUCAACCACAGCGUCUAGUGAUAUUUCACACUCCGGUAAUCUUGAGAUCCACAUUGAGUUGCCAGGCAGACAACGCGACAAAAAGACGCGUACACAACAGGAUUUAGAGAUGGCCUUGAAGAGAAAAUUCAAUCGAGAUAUGAAAGAACGUCAGUUACUCAUGCACAAAGCCAGUCUGUUGUGCCAUUUCGGCCGUACGUAUCGUUACAAUCGACUUCUAAAUGACACAAUUCUUAUGCAAAAGUCGCUCAAAUUGUUGCCCAGUAAAAAUGCAUAUCCUCCUGAGCGUGGUACGGAGAUUAAAUACUAUCAGUCAUUAGUGACUUGGUUCAAAAGUACAAUAACCCUAAAUUCGCAAAAUUUAUAUCCAGAUAAAAAGUCUGCAAAAAAGAAGGCAAUGGCCCAUCGUCAGCUGCUCAAACAGAUUGAGAAAAAGCAGGCAUGUUGCAAGCAAGAUUAUAUAUUCAUAUUUAUAAUUUUAUUGCGCGGAAUGGGUCUGCAAUGUCGAUUGAUCAACAAUAUGCAACCUUUGUCAUUGAAACCCCAACAAUCCGACUUGCUAUCUUUAAAACUGAAAAAGGAGGAUGAUAAGGGCGAAAGCAAAGGUGCUCCUAUCAAAAAAGGAGAGAGUGUGGAGAGCACAAAAGCUUCUAAACACUUGGAAAAACCAAGUACUUCCUCUAAAGUAAAAUCCGUGAAAGAGGAACCAGCCAAGAAAGCUAAUAAACGCCAUGACUCAAACGAAAAGCCCAGUCGUUCAAAGACUAAAGAAGAUACAAUCAAAGAAAAAACGGAAGAUACAAAAAUUCAGCUAAAACCUAUGACCUCGCAGGAAGAAAAAGCCACGUCCAGUAUUAAAACAUCAUCGAAUUUGAAAAAGUCAAACGAUAAACCAAAAUUAAACAAACUAGGAGUUUCAAAAGAUACAACCAAAGUCGAAAAGAAGGACAUUAAUGGUCAACUAAAUAUAUCAGCGGAUACGCAUACCGGAAAUAUGACCAGUAUAUCCAAAAUUGGUGAUGCAUCAAAAGCCAAAAGUUCUAAAUCACUGCCGAAACCAUUGUCCUCAGAUAAAAUAUCUAAACCUACUCCCAUGUCCGAUACUGAGAAACCUCCGGAUGUGCAAUCCGAAAGAAAACCUAGAACCAGAAAGCCAUCAAGAUCCGAAAACACUGCCAACAAAAAAACAGAUGUUUCAAAAGAAAGACCAACUAAGCUAAAAUCAGAAAUCGCCAUCAAGCAUGAAGAUAAUACUUCCAAAACUGAUGAAUUAGAAAAUUCCCAAAAGGAAAAUUCACCCAAACCAAAAAAGACCAAUUUGGCUCGAUUAAAGCGAAAUAAGGCCGCCGACGACCCCAAUAAACCACCGAAGAAGAAACUCGUUAUAGAAUCUGGAAAACCUUUAGUUCCAACAAUUGUGGUUAAGGGCAAAGAAAUAGUGACUGCCACAACAACCGAGGAUCCACCCACAACCUCAACUCGAACUCGUGUUACCCGAUCCCGUUCGAAAUCUCCACAAAUUCACAUAUCCACUGAUUUCUUACAGACCAAACAGUACAAAGAAAAAUUCCCACGAAUCAUACAGCAAAAUACCAAUGUGAAAAAACAACAAACCCGCGGCAAAAGUCCUAGCGAAAAGGUUAAAAUAUCGACAAAUUUUCUCUCAAAUAUAGAUAAGAAAGCGACAAAUCAGCGUGUGUUACGUUCCAGCCAAAAACCCAAUGAAUCAGAAACUGCCGAAACAAACACUGUUUCUUUGCAAAUACCUCAACUGGAUGGAGCUCACGAUGAUAAUACUCAAGCACACGAUCCAGGCAAAACAAAAAGUACAAGAAAGAAAAAAGUUGCGCCUAAAACUCAUGGCAAACACGAUUCCGAUGAAGACUUUGAACCAUCGCCAAUUAAGAAACCAAAACUAGCUCCAACAAUUGCGAAAAGAGAUCGCCGUGUGCUCUCCACCGACGAGGAGAAUAGUCCCGAUAAACAAAGAAAACCUACAGCUGGCGAUAUGUGGGUGGAGGUUUGGUGUGACGUAGAAGAGCGAUGGAUAUGCUUGGAUUUAUUUAAGGGCAAAAUACACUGCAUCGAUUUAAUAAGGAAAUCUGCCUCUUCGAAUAUGGCGUACGUAUUUGCCUUCCAAAAUGAUCUAAGUAUAAAGGAUGUAACUGCACGUUAUAACCCACAGUGGACAAAUGUUGUGCGCAAAUCAAGAGUUGAGAAGGCAUGGCUAGAUACGGCUUUGCAUAAAUACCAUGGUCAUCGUACAAAACGAGAUAUCAAGGAAGAUCAAGAACUGCGUCGCAUACACGAGGAGAAGCCAUUGCCAACUUCUAUUUCCGAUUAUAAAAAUCAUCCCUUCUAUGCAUUGGAACGACAUUUACUGAAAUUUGAAGCAAUAUAUCCGCCAACAGCACCAACACUCGGCUUCAUUCGCGGCGAGGCGGUAUAUUCGAGGGAUUGUGUUCACACCUUACAUUCUCGAGACAUUUGGCUAAAACAGGCACGAGUUGUUAAACUGGGAGAAAAGCCAUACAAAAUUGUCAAGGCUAGACCAAAGUGGGACAGGAUUACACAAACUGUUAUCAAAGACCAGCCACUGGAAAUAUUUGGUUACUGGCAAACUGAAGAAUAUGAUCCACCUACAGCGGAGAAUGGCAUAGUUCCACGUAACGCCUAUGGCAAUGUGGAAUUAUUUAAACCCACUAUGCUGCCCAAGAAAUGUGUUCAUAUACGACUGCCUGGUCUUAAUCGGGUCUGCAAAAAACUUGGCAUUGAUUGUGCCAAUGCCGUUGUGGGCUUCGAUUUCCAUCAAGGUGCCUGCCAUCCCACCUAUGAUGGAUUUGUUGUAUGCGAAGAGUUCCAAGAUCAAGUUACUGCCGCCUGGUAUCAAGAACAAGAGGAACAGGAACGCAAGGAACAAGAGAAAUACGAGGCACGUGUUUACGGCAAUUGGAAGAAACUUAUACGAGGUCUUCUGAUUCGCGAACGUCUUAAAUUGAAAUACGAUUUUUAAUACUUAUAUAUCACUCAAAUUGUAUUGGUAAUUUACAAAUAACUGCGUUUUAGGCAGCUGGAAUUCCUGCCACAUUUAUUUUUAAUCAUCUCCUUAUUGUCUAUUUUGUUUCCCACACCCAAGAUAAUAUAUUUUGUUAUGCGUA